GGGAUUUGGAACGUCGCCUUGUCCUCCCGCCUGCAACCGUCGCUAAAGGCGGUUAUUCGCAUUGCCGUUGAGCUCUACGCUCCCUUUUUCUCUCCGAGGACUCCCGCCGCUCAGUGGAGAACUUUGUAUCCAGCUACUAGGGAAGCUGGUAGCCGCCAGAAUUGGUUGAAAAAUGCCCAGGAGAAAGUUUGCAGAUGAAGAAGUGGUAAUGGGCCGAUGGCCUGGAAGUGUGUUAUACUAUGAAGUAAAAGUAAUCAGUUACGAUGACCAGACACAUCUUUAUACAGUUAAAUAUGAAGAUGGAACUGAACUUAAUCUGAAAGAAAACGAUAUGAGGUCUGUGUCAUCUUUUCGAUUUAGAAAAAGCAGUUCUUCUUCAGGUUCUCCAUCAAGACGCAGUGGUAGCAGGUCUAGAUCAGGCUCUAGAUCUCGUUCACCUGGUCGACCAGCAAAACACAAACGACGUUCUUCCUCACGAAGCAGAGAGCCAAAAAAUGAAAAUAAUAUGAUUGGGGAACCUAAUCUGAUUCCUUUGAAGCUGCAUGAAAAUAAUACCAAUCAGUAUAAUGGAGAGCCAGAAAGCACAGAAGUGAAUUAUUCUUCUCAUGCUAUUUUAGAGCGGCAAAGAAUUGAGUCUGAGCGAGCAAGAGAGCGCAUUCUGGAACGAUACAGUUUACAUCCUAGAAAGGAGGAGAAGAGACGAGAGGAGAUGUAUUCUGAAGAGAAAAUUUUUGAAACACCAAAAAGUAUUGGAAAAGUAUGCCGGAAGACAAAAGAACUAGUAUUUGGAGGAAAAAUUGGUGCCUUCUUUAUGAUAUUUCUUCUGCCUGGAACUGUGUUCUACUUGUUGCUAAUGUGCACACAGAAAGACCCCAGUCUUUUGAAUUUUCCUCCUCCACUCCCAGGUUUCCAAAAUUUAUGGGAGACAAGAGUGUUUGGUGUCUUUCUUCUUUGGUUCUUUCUCCAAGCCCUAUUUUACUUACUGCCUAUAGGAAAGAUUGUAGAAGGGGUACCUCUUUGGAAUGGAAUUAGGCUGGAGUAUAGAAUAAAUGGAAUCUACGCCUUUAUCCUAACAACUGUAGCUGUGGGAAUAUCUCUGUAUUUUGAAAUGGAGCUUUGUUACUUAUAUGACCACUUCCUGCAAUUUGCUAUCUGUGCCACAAUUUUUAGUUUACUGUUAAGCAUUUAUCUCUAUGCCCGUUCCCUGAAAGCACCUGAGCAAGAAUUAUCCCCUGGAGGAAAUUCUGGGAAUAUUUUUUAUGAUUUUUUAAUGGGACGUGAAUUAAAUCCUCGCAUUGGAAAUUUUGAUCUGAAAUACUUCUGUGAGUUACGACCAGGGCUAAUUGGCUGGGCUGUUAUUAACCUGGCCAUGCUUUUGACCGAGAUGAAAGUGCAAGAUCGGAAUAUGCCCUCUCUGUCAAUGAUACUUGUUAAUAGUUUCCAGCUCCUCUAUGUGGUGGAUGCUCUUUGGAAUGAGGAAGCAAUUUUAACAACAAUGGACAUCACAAAUGAGGGGUUUGGAUUCAUGCUAGCAUUUGGAGACUUAGUGUGGGUUCCCUUUCUCUACAGUUUACAAGCAUUCUAUUUAGUGAAUAAUCCAAAUGAGAUUUCAUGGCCUGCAGCUUCUGCAAUUCUGACUCUGAAUAUUGUUGGAUAUUACAUUUUCCGUGCUGCCAACUCACAAAAGAAUUCAUUUCGAAGAAAUCCAAAGGAUUCAAAACUUGCUUAUUUGAAUGUUAUUCCUACUGCAACAGGAAAAAGCCUCCUUGUAUCUGGCUGGUGGGGCUUGGUGCGCCAUCCUAAUUAUUUAGGUGAUAUCAUUAUGGCUCUGGCUUGGUCUCUACCUUGUGGAUUCAAUCAUAUUUUACCGUAUUUCUAUGUCAUAUAUUUUACUGGUUUGCUUAUUCAUCGAGAAGCCCGUGAUGAACAUCAGUGUAAGAAAAAAUACGGUUUGGCAUGGGAAAAAUACUGCCAACGUGUACCAUAUCGCAUAUUUCCAUACAUCUAUUGAGCGACUCCCUGAUGCAGGAUACUCAGUUUCGACAAUGAAAAUUUCGUUGUUGUAGACAUCAUACCUCCUACCUUUGCACUUGGAAUAUAUGUUAAUUGUUCUGGAUGUUCUUAAAAAUACAUUUAGAUAGUGAAUUUGCAGAUUUUUUUUUACCAGCAAACUAAUUGAUGCAGCCUUAUAACUUUUUAACCAUUUGCCAUUUUAAGUGACAUAUUUUUUUUUAUUAAGAAACAAUAAACUAGUUGUAUAGUGCAUGAAAAGUAUCAGUUAAUUUGUAUGCUUUAUGAAUGGGUUGUCUGAUGAGUAAUGUUCAUUUUCUGCCCUGUAGGAAAGAAAACCAAAUUUAGGGUUUAAUUCCCAAUAUUUGCUUUCUCUAUAAUUUUAUUUUGUAUUAUUAGCCAUUCAUAGCUUAAGGGAACCUUGGUCAAAAAGCAUGAUAUAAAAAAUUAACAGUAUACCAAGAUCCAGGGGAAAGCUACCUUCACUAUGCUCAUGCUAAGCUUUUUAAUUACAUUUGUUCUCACUCAGAUUUUCUCCUGUAGUUAGUUUUCCCAUCUGAUUUCCUUAGUGAUUUUGGCAAAAAGGUAGAGCUUAGAGAGUAGUCAUAAUAUAUGACCUUUCUGCCUGAUGAAAACAGGCUCCCAUUUAAGAUCUGAAAAAUGAUUAUAACAUACCCAUGGAAGUCUGUAGCUCAAUACUGUUGUACAUAGUACAGAUUGUUGUAAGGGGAUAUAUAAAAAUGUCCCAUACAGCUCACAUGGGAUGUCUCAGGUUUUGGAAAUAUUAGUGGUAAAAAACAAUAGUGCUACAGUGAUACAGAAAGUAGUGCAAGGUGUGGAAUAUUGUACAAACUGGAAAAAGCAUUUUUUCCUACAAACCACUACUUUAUACCACAGUUUUCCUUUAUAACAUUGAUAGAGUUUGUUUUACAAUGUUUGACUGUAAAUGGAAUUGCUUUUUAAAGUUUGGAUUUUUAAUUACAACCAUUUCCAGUAUUUUUGAAAAAAAAUUGUAAAGUAUUAUAUUACUGUGAAACAGAUUUCAGGAGUUAAUGACUUCAUUUAAAUAUGAUGACAAAUGCAUUAUGAACAUAAGAAUCUGUAUUCAAAUUUUGUGACUUGGCAUUACUACCUCAAAGUAGGUUAUUUUGCCUUUUUAUAUUGUUGCAUAUAGAAAAAAUGCCAGAACUUCAAAUUGCUUUUUAAAUUAGCUUUUUAAUAAGAAAUGGAAAUUAAAGUCAACCACAUAUGAACUAAUGUAUUUUUUUAUAUUUGUGUAUUUCAUAUCUUUUAACUAUAGCUAUGGAGUAUAAGUAAUUCAAAGCUUUAACAAUAACUAAUUUUACUGUUAAAGUUUUUAUCUAAAUGGCUGUAAUCGAUGGAACAAUUGCUAUUUUAAUAUAUAAACUUUGAAGGCAGAGGUAUUGAAAUAAUUGUUUCAAAGACUGAAUGUUUCAUAAUUUUAUAGCUGACAAAAAAAGUAUUCAUUUAAUAGCAAUGUAAAGUACCCAGUUUGGGUACCUAUAGUUUGUAUAUAUGAAUAUGUAGCAUAUUCUUCAUAACUUUUGCUUUCUGUUUUAACAUAGCUUAUGCUACUUCCAAAAUAUUGUGCAGCAAUAAUUACUGUGAAAUAAUUACACAAUAUAGCAGAACCCCCUUUCUUCCUCUUCCCUUUGCAGUACUAUAUUUUAUGUAACCACUGUCUUUUGCUGGGCAUUGUGUGCCUUUGUGGAAAAUGUGAAUUCUCUCUAUUUAACCUAUUAUUUGCCCAAUUUUACAAUAUAAGGACCCUCGCACAGUUGAGUAAUGUUUGGCAACCUUUAUUCCUUAUAUUUUUAGAAGAGCUGUUUUAGUUCUGAACAAAAUCAUUUUUGAAUGAGCUUGUAGUAAUUAAAUCUGGGGUUUGGGGGAAUAGCUAUUCCAAACAUGAUAAUGACAUUUUUUAUUAUGUGAUGAUUAUGCUCUCCACCCACCCCCCAAUCUCCAGAACUUUUGAACUACAUCUUACAUCUUUCUGUUGGCCAGACUGGCUAGAUUUGAUGGAGGCUGUGGCCCUGGCCACUCUUAACAGGGCAUGAAAGUAUAUAUAAGCAAUAGGUAUUAUGGACAUUCCAUGAUUUUCAGGUAUUCUACACAAACUUUAUGAAGGGAGGAAAUUUUUUAGAUAGGUAUAUUGCCCAGGGAAUAUAGUUCUUAAUUAAAAUAAACAGCAGUUUGUCAUGAUUGUUGUUUUUCUUUUUACAUCUAGAAUGUACUUUAGAUUUCACUUCAUGAAAAAUAACUUGCAUUAUUAAAACUUAGUCCAAAAAUUGUUUUGUGCAGGCGGAAUUAUUUACUAAGAAUCUUGCAUCCCUUUCUUGACAGACUUCUAAUAUUUAUUUGUCAAUUAAAUGGAUGUUUACUGCUAUCUUUUAUCAAGUAUUUCCAGUAGAAGCUGCAUUUAUGGCCA